AUGGUUAUCUACUUCGAUGUUUUACUCAUCGAUGGGGAAUCUCUGCUUGGUACCAACCAGAACGAGCGCUUCGAGCGAUUGACUGAGUUAAUUAACCGCCGAGAGGGUCAUGCCGAUCUUGUGGAACGCCAAGUCAUUGACCUCAAUGAUAGACUGGGAGCGCAUUAUCUACGACGAGCCUUUGCUGAGUCCAUCACUGCCCGGGAGGAAGGUCUGGUGCUGAAGCCAGAUGAACCCUAUUUCGACUUCAGCGAGAGUCGCCGCUCCUUUGCUGGUUGCCCCACCAAGCUGAAGAAAGAGUACAUCGGAGGAUUUGGCGAUGUGGGCGACUUUGCUGUGGUUGCAGCGCGGUACGAUGCAGACAAGGCAAAGUGCUACGGCAUUCCCAAUCUCAAGUGGACACACUUCUACCUCGGCUGCCUCGAGAACAAGGAGGAUGUAGAGAGGUGUCAGGCCCAACCUGUGUUCACAGUGGUUCACCAGGUGGAACUCAACGAGACCCUCCUCAAAACCGUCUCGACUUACGGAAACCCGAUGCCAGUGUCUUUUGACGACAAUGAUGCCUUGAUCCUUCGUCUUUCACCAGGCGUCGCUCAGCAAAAGAUGCCCACCAUUGUCUUCACCGAGCCGCUGGUCUUCGAUGUCCGCUGUUUCUCAUUCGACAAGGAGGGAAACACCAACUUCUGGCAGCCGAGGUUCCCUCAGGUAUCAAAGGUGCAUUUUGACCGAUCCUUCAUCGACACAAUCUCUUUCUCCGAGUUGCAGGCCGUGGCUGAAGAAGCAACCACGACCCCGGCUAUGGAAGACAGCCAGGAAAUGCUGGACUGGAUUGCUAGACUGGAAAGAGCGGACCCUCGUGGUGUUCCUGUUGAUGCCAUUAGUCAGUCCACUACAGGCUCUCUCAUGACGCCAUCUCGUACUUCUUCCGUCCGACCUUCAACUUCGCCAGCGCCGAAUUUUUCCAUAAGCCCUACCAAACCUCUCCAACGAUUACCAGCAUUGGUAGAAGCCCCAGGGCCAACUCUCAUCACUCCUCCAACUUCGUCAGAUAAGGCUGCAGAUAUAGACUUCAUCGUUGAAGAUAAGACUGCCAGCGAAGCAGCACACUCGCCAAGGGCCAGCAAACGGGGUCCAGAGGGGGUGGACGCGACUCCGCAGAAGCGACCAAGGGUUUCUUCCGAACCUGGCACCGCCGGUCGAGAGUUGCCUGCGCCAACACGUCGACCGCUCGGGGAUAUCAGUGCCAAUCAGACGGCUCUCUCUCCUCAGGCGUCCCAAACACGGCCAGCGACAGCAAAGCACGUCGUGAUGGACCAAAAAGCGGCUAGUCCAGUCAUUCCUGCCUUGCAUGGACCGGGCAAGCCGAUAGCAGGAUCUGCAGCAGGAACACCUGAACCGCGUCGUCAGAGCGUGCCAGACUCCUCGUCCACACGAGUGAAGCCCAAGUGCCAACAUGCAGGCGACAAUUGUCUCUUUGCAGACACGAUGGUCUUACUCGCACCCUGCAUCGCAUACCAACCCUGGGUCACCGAAAAUCUCCUCCCUCUGCACGGCAUCCACGAAUGGGACGCGGAUCCGCAGGACUGGACAGCAUCCUCCGACACAACCGCGUCAUCGUCCCAUUCCAUGAUACCCGCAUCUACCUCAGCGACGAACCGCUCCAAAAAAAAGCGACCCCGAAAGAUCUGUUUCGUCGAACACAACCGCAGAGAAGCAACAAAGACACUGAUGAGACGUCUGGAUAGGAAUCCGGUGUACGCAACGAGUGGCAGGCGCGAGUAUGUUGAGGUGUAUGACUGGCGUCUUUUGGAAGAUGUCACAGCAUUGGAAAAGGUGCUCAAGGGAUCCAAGCCGUCCAAGGAGCAACCGGACCCCAAGAGGAAGUGGUGGGUUGGAUUGGCUUAG